UCGCUGCGGGGCUGGCCGCCGUCCCCCGCGGUCGGUGGCGGGGCUGCAGGAACCCCUCCCGGCUUCGCGGUGGGGCGGAGGGGACGGGCCUCCCUCCUGCGCAGGCGCGGCCGCGACUCCGCGGGCUCUGCGGCCCAAGGCCGGCCAGACCCCGCGGGAGGACCCGGAAGAGCCCAGGCCACCGCGGCCAGGAUGGGCCGGAAGGUGACCGUGGCCGCCUGCGCGCUCAACCAAUGGGCCCUGGACUUCGAGGGCAAUUUGCAGAGGAUUUUAAAGAGUAUUGAAAUUGCCAAACGCAAAGGAGCAAGAUACAGGCUGGGACCAGAACUGGAGAUAUGUGGCUACGGGUGUUGGGAUCAUUACUACGAGUCGGACACCCUCUUGCAUUCGCUCCAAGUCCUGGCUGCCCUUCUGGAAUCUCCGGUCACUCAGGAUAUCAUCUGUGACGUGGGACUGCCUGUCAUGCACCGGAAUGUCCGCUACAACUGCAGGGUGAUAUUUCUCAACAGGAAGAUCCUGCUCAUCAGACCCAAAAUGGCCUUGGCCAAUGAAGGCAACUAUCGGGAACUGCGCUGGUUCACCCCAUGGUCACGGAACCGGCAAACAGAGGAGUAUUUUCUCCCCCGGAUGAUACAGGACGUGACAAAGCAGGAGACGGUGCCCUUUGGAGACGCAGUACUGGCCACCUGGGACACCUGCAUCGGGAGCGAGAUCUGCGAGGAGCUCUGGACGCCCCACAGCCCGCAUGUGGACAUGGGUCUGGACGGCGUGGAGAUCUUCACCAACGCCUCGGGCAGCCACCACGUGCUGCGCAAAGCCCACGCCAGGGUGGAUCUGGUGACCAUGGCCACCACCAAGAACGGGGGGAUCUACCUGCUGGCCAAUCAGAAGGGCUGUGACGGGGACCGGCUCUACUAUGACGGCUGCGCCCUGAUCGCGAUGAACGGCCGCAUUUUUGCGCAGGGGGCCCAGUUCUCCCUGGACGACGUGGAAGUCCUCACCGCGACGUUGGAUUUGGAGGACGUCCGAAGCUACAGGGCGGAGAUUUCAUCUCGCAACCUGGCGGCCAGCAAGGUGAGCCCCUACCCCCGCGUGAAGGUGGACUUCGCCCUCUCGUGCCACGAGGACCUGCUGGAGCCGCCGUCAGAGCCCGUCGAGUGGAAGUACCACAGUCCCGCGGAGGAGAUCAGCCUCGGACCCGCGUGCUGGCUCUGGGACUUUCUGAGACGCAGCCGGCAGGCCGGGUUUUUCUUGCCCCUGAGCGGCGGGGUGGACAGCGCAGCCACCGCCUGCCUCGUCUACUCCAUGUGCCACCAGGUCUGCGAGGCCGUGAAGCACGGAAACCAGGAAGUGCUGGCUGACGUCCGGGUCAUCGUGGACCAGCUCAGCUACACCCCCCAGGACCCCCGGGAGCUCUGCGGGCGUGUGCUGACCACCUGCUACAUGGCCAGUGAGAACUCGUCCCAGGAGACGUGUGACAGAGCCCGGGAGCUGGCCCGGCAGAUCGGAAGCCACCACAUCGGUCUCAACAUCGACCCAGCGGUGAAGGCCGUCAUGGGCAUCUUCAGCCUGGUGACGGGUAAAAGGCCUCUGUUCGCGGUUCACGGAGGAAGCAGCAGGGAGAACCUGGCCCUGCAGAAUGUGCAGGCUCGGCUAAGGAUGGUCGUGGCCUAUCUCUUCGCUCAGCUGAGCCUCUGGGCCCGGGGCGCUCACGGUGGACUGCUGGUGCUCGGAUCGGCCAACGUGGAUGAGAGUCUCCUCGGCUACCUGACCAAAUAUGACUGCUCCAGUGCGGACAUCAACCCCAUCGGUGGCAUCAGCAAGACGGACCUGAAGACCUUCGUCCAGUUCUGCCUGGAGCGCUUCCAGCUCCCUGCCCUGCAGGGCAUCCUGGCAGCACCAGCCACCGCAGAGCUGGAGCCUUUGACCGAUGGACGGGUGUCCCAGACAGAUGAGGGGGACAUGGGCAUGACGUACACGGAGCUGUCCGUCUACGGCAGGCUCCGGAAGAUCGCCAAGGCCGGGCCCUACAGCAUGUUCUGCAAGCUCGUCACCAUGUGGAGAGACGUGUGUUCCCCGCGGCAGGUGGCCGACGGAGUGAGGCGCUUUUUCUCCAAGUACGCUGCGAACAGACACAAAAUGACCACGCUCACACCCGCGUACCACGCGGAGAGCUACAGCCCCGACGACAACAGGUUCGACCUGCGGCCAUUUCUGUACCGCGCCGGCUGGCCCUGGCAGUUCCGCUGCAUAGAGGAUGCGGUUCUCCAGCUCGAGAGCAGAGGCCGUCAGGACCUGGAUGGUGUUGACUGACGCCGGCUCCUGCCUGGAGGGCCCCUCCCGCAAGGGUCCCAUAUGUGAGGACACCCCAUUUCCAAGGGGCCAACCUACACCCAGAAGAAUUUUAGCAGCAUUACUUGUGCAAGACUGAAAACGAGCAGAAUUUUAAGACAAAGGUUGAAACCACUGACUCUCCACGGUUGGCAAGUGUGACCCUACCAGCCCCCUGACGAGCUUUCCAAAGGGUGAUUUGACAAUAGGCUGAAAAGACCCAAAGAUGUGCAUUUCACAUGGGAAGUCUGCUCCAGCAAUUUGUCCACGGUUUCUAUAUGAAGGGGAGGCUGUGACGGGACUUACUCUGCAGGUGCCUGACUUGGUUGGGGUGCUGCUGCUUGCUGACCGGGAGGUGUGACUUCUGCCAGGAGAUCGUCGGGCCCACUUGGGAACUUGCCACCCGGCAGGGGGGCUGUCCUCUCUGUUCGGCAGGGCGGGUGCCACUCCCCUGCCCUGCCUCCUCACCCAGGGUUCCCUGGAGACCCCCGUGAGGGGUGCCCUCGGUUUCUGCCUCCCGAUGAAAUAAAUGGCAGGGUUCACAGCGCUGUUGAUGGAAGACAGGAAACAUCAUGGUGAAUGAACCCUGAAUCCUUGAGGAAGAACUUGGUACUGAAUCGCUCAGGACAAAACUGUGGAUUGUUUCUGCCUCUUAGUGUAGACAGAAUGAGAGCCUGUAUUCAUUUUUUUUAAGUAGACCCCACGCCCAGCAUGGAGCCCAACAUGGGGCUUGAACUCAGGACCCUGAGAUCGAGACCUGAGCUGAGAUCAAGAGUCAGACGCUUAACCCAUUGAGCCACCCAGACACCCCUUUGUGCAUUUUUUAAUGGUGGGUUUGGUUAGGUAUUUAUUUUAAUGUGUGCGAUACAUACAUAAUAAUAUAAUCAGCACAAGGAACCCAUGACAUUCUGUUGCUCAGAAUGGAGCUAAGAGGGAAAAAAAGCAAGUUGACUUAAGGAAAAAUAUUAAAUAGUAGUACCCGUGGUCCCAAAUGUGCAGCAGUGAGACCAGCAACACACACACACAUCUGGGAAAUGCCUAUCGAGGCAGCACGCAGCACGCAGGCGUGGAGUUCUCGGGACGAGCGCGGUGCACAGCGCCGGAGCGCAGCCCUGGCGCCCUCGGCAUCUCUACCCGCAAAUGAGCUUUCACUCCCAACUCGCCUUUCUGCGGGUCUUGGUGCUUUCAUAGACACCAGGCGUGAUCUGAUGGCUUUCCCAGGCGGUUCAAGGUCCUGUUCUCAUCCCCAGUGUGCCCUGGUGGUGCCCUGCGCAGUCCCUCUCUGGGACCCACUGCCGUCGGAGGGACGGAGAACCGGCUUCCCUUGGCCUCCGAUGUUUAAGGAACUUUCUCCGCUUAAUUGGAUCUUUUUGUCCCUGGGGCCCCCGUAGGCACUAGAAUCUAAACGUCUCACAAUCUCAUAUCAGGAGAAUGAUGCACCUCUCAUCCGGAAACUUUUUUAAAAGUAAAUGAGCUUUCUAUUUUAGAACAGUUUUAGGUUUGGGAGAAAAGGUGACAAGACCGUAAAGAGUUCCCGUAGCCCCCCUGCCGCUUCCCCCACUAUUAAUCUCUUGUUAGAAUUAAUAAGCUGGUACUGAUGAUUACUCAUUACUAACCAAAGUCCAUUAGUUUAUUCGAUUUCCUUAGUUUUUCCUCAGUGUCCCCCUCCUGUGCCAGGACCCCCCGUCCGUUUAGACAUCCCGUCCCCGCAGGCUGCUUUCGGCUGCAACAGCUUCCCGGACUGUCCUU